GGCCUACAUCCUAACUGUGAUCUGCGUAAUGUAAUGCUUGACUACUGGGCAGAUGAAUAUUGUUCCCGCCUAUUCCCGCAAAAAUCAAAGUAAUACGAAUAUUCGUCUCACGCACGCGAGCUGAGCGGUUGUGUUCGAUAUUGCUCUGUAUCAUGGUAUCCCAACGCCGAUCAACUCAGUCCAGAAAAGGCAAAGAAGCUAAUCCAUCGACUCCGGAGACAAAUAUUCCUUCCUCUGAUAUUCUCAGUAGUUCGCAGAAGGAUGAUGAAGGUUUGGGAGGUACAACAUUUCGCUACAGUCCAACAAUUUCUUUUUCGAGCAGCUUCUUUAUUGAACAAGUUGCCACCGUCUUUCUUAGCCGUAAACUCAGCAGUUCAACUGAAAGCAUUGCUAAAGAAAGUAGAUAUUCUGCAGCUAUGUGGAGUUGACGACGUUGUGUAAUUUGACAUCUAUUGCAGUUACUUAUCCUCUAUUGGCAUGAUCUGUUACGCAUCUAGCUAGCUUCAUCUUAUGCCUGGAAGUGAAUUCUCUUGCUUCAGUUUCUGUUACUAACGAUAUGGUUUGCUGUUGCAUUGUUGUUUUUCUAACCGCUCCUA